AUGAAUCCAUUACAACAAGUAAUACAAGAAAACGAAAACAAUAGAAGGUUUAGCAAAUUGUCAACAAGAGAAUUUUAUAAAAAUAAUAAAAAACAAAGUGGUAGAUUUACAUUAAAUAUUGAUGUUCCAAAUGAACUUGAUAACGAUGAUAAAAUUAAACGAUUACUAGAAAACAGAAGGUUUGUCAGAGAACCCAGAGAAUAUUAUAGAAACAAUACAAGACAAUCCAACAGAUUCAAACUGGAUAUUGAUGUUACAAAAGAUCUCAAUAACAAAAAAACCAACAAUAACAAUGUAGAUCAAAGUUUAAUUCCAAACAAUAGAAGAUUUACCAAAUUGCCAAGAGAAUUUUAUAGAAAUAAAAGACAAAGCAGUAAAUUUACAUUAAAUAUUGAUGUUCCAAAUGAACUUGAUAAUAGUAGUGAUGAGGAUAAUGAGGAAGAAGAAGAACUUAAUGGUUAUGAUUACGAGUUGGUGGAAUCAAAUAGUAGUGGAAUAAAUGUUCCGGAAAUAGAAUUUAAUGCUGUUGGAAGUUAUAUUGAUACUAAUGAUGAUAGUUAUGAUUAUGAAUUGGUGGAAUCAAUUAAAGAAUUUGAUAAUUAUGAGUUGGUGGAAUCAAUUAGCAGAGGAAUAAAUGUUCCAGAAAUAAAUGAAUUUAAUACUAUUGGAGAUUGUAUUGAUACAGUUAUUGAAGAGUUUUUGAAUGUAUUAGAAGAUGACAAUAUAUUCAAAGAUAAAAUUAGAUAUUUUCAAAAAGAAAUUGAGAUUCGAUUAACAAAGCAGUCAAAAUGUAAACAAUUACAAGAUGAAUUACAUAAAGUUGCAUCAAAAAGAAAACUUGUUUGUGAAAGGUUAUCAAAUGAAAGGAAAUCAUAUGAAAUUGAAGAAAAAGAAAGAAAAAAAUUGGAAGAAAUUCAUACAUUCAUUUUAAAUCUUGAGGCCUUGGCGGAAUCCGUUAGGAUGGAAAGAGGAGAUGUUACAAAUAAUGAUAAUAGAAAUCAUAUAGAAUUAGGUGAAAUUGUUGGACAUGUAAUAAAAAUUACAAAUGUUAGCGGCGAUAAUUUAUCAUAUGGAAAUGAUGAGGGUUAUUUAAGCAUAAUAAAAAGAUUUAAUGGAUUAUUAGAAGAUUUUCAAACAAUCUUGGAAGACAAUUAA